ACUGUCUAUUUUCAAUAAAUCAAGCAUUUAUUUUAUAGAGAAGGGAGUAUCAAAGUACACGUACUGGCAAAAGUAUAUGUUCAUAAACUACGCGGUAUGGGAAUAAAGGUGCGAGAUCUCGUAGAGAAUAUAACUGAUCACGUGGAAUCUGUAGACUUUACAACCCUUGCUACUUCAGAAGGACAACUGUAUGACAACAAAGAAGAAAUCCGUAGAGCCUUUAUCAUUCAUAAAAAUGAUACUGAGUGUGAGGCAGUAGGUAUUUGUAACAAAACCGAGGAAUGCGCUUCGUCCUUGGAAAACAACUAUACCGCUCACUCCUGCAAUCUGCAUCAGCCAGGGUGCUCUAUUGAAUGUGGUCCAAACGGUGCAUGUAUUCAUUCUGGUGGCAUCUCAUACUGCAGCUGCGAUUUUGAUUGGCUAAACAUCUAUUACGGGGAGAGAUGUGACCGUGUAGCGGUUUCUCUGGAAGCCGAGCUUGGGAUUACUUUUGGGUGUCUUGGAGCGGUACUAAUAUUUGUAUUUGUUGGUUGCCUCAUCAGGUCACGAAACAAAAAUAAAGAAAGCUACUGUGAGGAUGAAGCUGGAGACUGGCGAGGAUUUAGUGGGACCGACUCCAGAUGGUUGACAUUUUCUGGGAGGUACUCCACGCGAGAAAUCCCAUACAAAAGGUCCUUACGAGAUGGGAGACAUUUGGUACCUGCACAUGACCCUUUCGGUAGUAGUCGAAUGACCAGACCUGGACUCUACCUUCCUGGGAAUGCUGGGACGGACACCAGUUUUGUGAACAACGUGACCAGCUACAGCAAAUUCAGUUCAGACGUUGACUUUUCCAUACGAAGACCUCACGUGUCGAAAGAACCAAGUGCAGUAUAUCUAAGUGAUCAAUCAUGGCGAUCGACAGGAUACACUAACUCUGUUUUCUACAACUAUCCAGAGGAGAGAACUCAUCUGUAGCACGAACAUCUUAAAGAAUACGUCAUUUGCGUACUAUUUUAUAAUCAGCUUCAUGGUGUCGAAUGAUUCAAUCAGGAAUGGGAUUUUCCACAUAUUGUUCACAUACGAAUUAAAUAGUA